AUGAAAACAAAGCGUGCGUUUAACGCUCUCUAUUUAAUGAUAGCAGGAGCUACCACCUUCUCGUUCAUCGUAUCGGGUGAGUCAAACACUGAUCGUCGAUUAAGUUCCCCAGCUGAAGAUCAAGACGUGACGGUGCCAUUUAAUUCGUGGAACAACACAGUUGAUACCUUGCGCAAUGUACUCGCUUUUGUCAUUGUUCUCGUUGCAGCACAUCCGCUUGCCGUCUUUUUUCCUCGAUUCUUUAAACUUCCAUUGAUUACUGGCUACCUUAUCAUUGGAAUCAUUGCAGGUCCUUUCGUUGCGAAUUUAUUAACUGAAGAGAUUGUCAAUAUGCUUUCAAAUUACGUUAGCGCAUUGGCCUUAUCGUUCAUUUCGUUUCAAGCUGGUCAAGAAAUCUACAUUCCCGAACUUCGACCACAACUCAAAUCCAUUUUCAUUCUUCUUUCAACGCUUUACAUUACAGCUAUGGUCAUCCUAACGUCCGUUCAUUUACUAGUGGAAAGUGCUUUCUUUUAUGACAACCUUGUGUUGAAUUGUCAAUUGGGGAUUGCACUAAUGUUUGGCUCCAUCUCUGUGUUGGGCUCCCCGGCUACUGUCAUGGCUAUCAAGAUUGAACUCAAUAGCGUUGGUCCAUUCACAAGUUUAAUGCUUGGCGCGACCAUGACAGCGGAAUUUGUCGUGUUAUUAUCAUUCUCCAUCUCUCGCAUUGUCUGCUCUAUUUACUGUGCUGAAUUGGACGUUUCGAUGACAAACUUAAUUUUUACCUUGAGUAUUGUCAUGUCAAAUAUUCUCGUGGGAAUUGCUCUUGCAGGAGCUACAUUUGCUAUCUUUCAGAUUCCAGGAGGUGAACCUCAUCAUCAUCAUGAAGAAGCGCAUCAAACGCAUGGUGAAGUGCUUGAAGUAGACGAUAGUCCAGGUGCAUCUGUCUACUACAACCAAAAGACUGAUACCAAAGUUUCUACACUUGAUGUCGACAACGCACCACAUCCACACAAUGCUUAUCCAGAAGAGAAUGUAUCAAAAGCUUCAUCAAUUUUAACCCAUGAGACGUCAUUGCAGCUUAAAGGUUUCAUUUGGUUAUCAAUGGGGUAUGUCUUUUACAUUUCCACGUCUACAAUCGCCAAAGCUACUGAUGCUGCAUACGGUUUGUCAUGGGAAGUGAAGCUUGAGCCAUUGCUUGUGCUGAUGAUUGCUGCAUGUAUCGCUGGUCAUCACACGGGAAUUCGUCAUGACAUGCAUGUGAUUCUUGAUACGGCUGCACCGUACAUGUUCUUACCCUUCUUUGUCAUGACAGGUGCUGCACUAAAGUUAGAUCAAGUAGUUCAUGCUAUUCCACUUAUGUCGGUAUACGUCAUGCUUCGAUACAUUGCAAUUUUCAUUGCUUGCUAUGUUGGCGGUCGUUUCUUGUUGAAAUUAUCGCCGCGACAGUACAAUAAUCUUUGGCUUACUAUGACACCUCAAGCUGGUGUCGCGCUGGGUUUAGCUAACGAAGUCAAAGCUAUGAGUGACGAGACAUGGGCUGCUGAUUUUGCAGCAACGAUCGUAGCAGCUGUUGUCGUGAAUCAAAUCAUUGGUCCUGUUUUGUGUGCUAUGGGUUUGAGUCGUGCGGGUGAAACGUUAAAAGAUCGAGCGAUUGAAGAACAUGAUGAUCAAGAUUUGUAUGAUGGCAAAGAUCCAACGGCUACUGGAGAGUUUGGAGAGUACAAAGUUCGACCAAGUCGACUUUCAAUUAUGACGGGCAAAGUCUCGAUGCAUGAUCACGAAGAUCCAAAAGCGCCAUUGCCAUUUUAUAAGCUACGAAAUGCUGUCGUGAUUGGAGAUGAUGAAGUGGCAUUUGAAAUUGCUUUAGAUCUGUCGCUAUAUGGUGCACAUGUAAAUGUGCCGCUUUUGGAUCAAGAACGUACUCGAAAGUGGCAACAGAUGAAUGAAAAUAUCUUGAAACGAAACGCUAAAGGUGAUUUGAUAUCGUAUAAAGAUACAUUAAAAGAUCGAGACAAUGCUCAAGCCAUGUCAGCUGCUGAUGUGGUUGUCUUUACGGGCAAUGCCGAUCGUACACGUGAAAAUAUUCGUUUGUUUACGUCAUUACUAGGAAAUACACCAUCUCGAAUGAUUGUUGUGGUGCCAGAUUGCACAUUUAGCGAAGAAUUAAAAGCACAAGGGAUCUUGGUUAUCCAACCAUCGAUUGCUUUAGCAAAUAUUGUGACACGUAUGGCUUUACUGGAUCAAAAGUCAGCACAAGCUUUAUCAAAUGAAAUUAGUACGACUAAUGCUUUGAGUACUGCCUCGUACUUCUUACAAACAGAAGGAGGAUAUCGUGCUUCUGUAUCGGAAAUGCGAAUCGAUUCUCGUCAUUUGGCAUUAGGACGGAGUGUUGUGAACCACCAUUCGGUAAAUUAUGACCGUUUGGUUGAAACAUUAGCUGCAGAAAACUUACCCAUCCCUCCACCUCCAUCACGUGUGGCUAUGUUUGGUACGUCUGCUGCCGGAUUUGAUCCAUUCGCACGUCGUGAGUCAAGUUUCUUUGUCAUGCAUGAUGAAGUGGACGAUAGUGAUGAAGUGAUUUUGUCUACACCAAACUCACGUCGACGAGCUCCGUCACAUCAAAGGAUGAGUCUCUCGCACUUAUCUCGUCGUAGUGGGUCUCAUUCGUACAGCACCUCGUUUGUUAGUAAUCUUUAA